AGGUGUGAUACCUUAAAUUUAGGUCGAAUAUUAUGGCUUAAAGUGCAGUAAAAAAAGGUUGUUGAUCUAGUAAAUCAUAUCUCUUAGAUAAUAUUAGGAUACAAAGUAUGCCACCAACUGUUCUAUCACCUGGUUUAGAUGAUGAUAAGUCCGACGGAGAGGAGACCACAGUGUCCGGACUCAGUUCCGGAAACUUCCGAGUAAGGAGGAGACGGUCUCCGGAGUUUACACCAGUCGUCAUGGCAGCAGGUUGUGGUUCGCAGAUGUUCGAACUGUCCAGUGAUACUCCAAAGUGCAUGUUACCAGUUGCUAAUACUCCUAUGAUAUGGUUCUCAGUUAACUAUCUCAUCUCUCACAAGUUUGAAGAGAUAUUUGUAGUAGUGCGGCGUGCGGCUAAAGAUAAGAUAGAAGGAUAUCUAACGAGUUGUAUCAGGAAGUUGGAGCAGGAUGUUCAUAUUGAGUAUGUGUGUAUUGAGGAUGAUGCUGAUCUUGGAACCGCUGACUCCCUCAGACUCGUAGCUCCUAAAACUAAGUCUGAUUUGUUGGUGAUAAGUAGUGAUCUGAUAACGAAAGUCUCCCUGUCUGAGCUGGCUAACGUGCACCGCGCUAACAACGCAGCGCUCACUGCGCUUAUAGCGCCCCGCUACUCACCCCCUAGUGCUGAUGGGAGGAGGAAACGCAACAAGAAAGAUGAUAGAGAUUUUAUUGGAUUAGAUCCUGAAGACGACAGAAUCUUAUACAUUGCAAAUGAGAAGGAUAUCGAAGAAGAGAUCAGUAUCAAGCGAGGACAGUUAGCGAGGUUCCCUCACAUGCGGUUACACACUAACCUACUAGACUCACAUUUAUAUUUAGUCAGCAGGACUACUCUCAACAUCCUGGACAACCAUCCAGACGUAUCAAUGAUGAGGUGUGAGUUAUUACCUCUUCUAGUGAGAAAACAGAUAAAACAGAUUGUUAACACUAGUUACACUGUAUUCGCAGAUAGACUUUACUCUAAAAAACAGGAUACAGACGAGGACUGCAAGCACCCGGAGGAGUAUUUCGAGGUACUAAGCGAGGUGGAGAGUGUGGGUUGUUACGUUCAUAAAACACAAGACUUUACUGUGCGAGUCAACCAGCUGCACAACUACAUUAAAUAUAACAAAGCUGUAUCUGAAAAUAUGGACGAUGUGAUACCACAAAAUGAUAUGACCACGUGUGACAUAAGCAAAAUGACACAGGUGGGCAAGUGUUCCCGAAUAGGCAACUCUGUCAGGAUAGCAGAGAAGUGCAGCUUUAAGAGGAGCUUUAUUGGGAACAGGGUUGAAAUCGGACCACACUGUAAAAUAGUGGACUCAGUGAUAAUGGACGAUGUGAGAAUAGAGGAUAACGUGUCUCUGACUAAUUGCGUGGUCUGUAAAGAUGUUAUAAUAAGGAAUAAAUGUACACUCAAAGACAGCAGGGUAUGUGACGGGUUUGAAGUGGCAGCAGAAUCUGAGUUUGUGGGUGAAAGUCUCGUAACGGACUCAGCUCUUCCUAACAUGAUGACUUUCAGUAUUUGUAACUGCGGGCACAGUUCAGAUGCUGAGGACUUGUCGAAGUGAAGUGGAUUCUUUUAACAUGUUUUAACUUGGAUGUUUAAAAUGUGUGUUGUGCGCUUUAAUUGAUUGGGGUUUAAUUUCUGUUUGACUCGAGAGAG